AUGACACAAGAAGUUCCUUUUCCGUCUCCUCUCGAACGCACUGUCGCUUCAGCUCUUCUCCUUCUCUCCUCCCCCGACCAACAGCCACCUCCUUCUUACUCCUCUCCACAGUUCGACACUGAUGGUGAAUUGUUGCUGAAAAGCAAGAGCUACAGCGACGAAGAGAGCGUGAGCAUGAACGAGAGCUUAGCUUCAAGUAGUAGUGGAUCCAAACGCUCUGCUUCGUGGCUUACCAGUGAAGCUAGCUCUGAUGAGAUUCGAGCUCACCAGCUUCGAAUCAUCGCUUUGGUGGCUCGCUGUCACGAAAUGAAACUCAAGGUCUUGCGAAAGAGUCGCUCGAAGAUCAGCCGGAAAAUCACAGUGGCGAAGCCGCCGCCGCCGACGGUUAAAUCAGUUUCCUUGGAAUCCCUGUCAACAGAGGCUGGAUCCAGCUUGUCAAGCAGCGCAAGCGCGGUCACGAGCGUGCGAAGCCCGUGCGUGAGCGAGAGGAGGCAGAUGAUGGUGGCGCUCACGCGGCGGUUCAAGAUCCAACGCGGAUGGAGAUUUCCAGUUGCGCUGUCAAGGCGGUCAGGGCGCUUGAUACUUCAGAUCAGCUUUUUUUUUUUUCCGUUGUAUGAAUGA